AUGGGCAACAACGGAAAGGACGCCCAGGCCACCGCCGCCGACCGCGUCAAGCACCACGGAAACCAGAUCGGCGGCUUCUCCAACCCCAACCACCUCAAGUUUGUCGCCAAGCUCCCCAAGGGCCUCCCCGUCCACAUCACCCCGCUCAACCCCAUCAACUUCCUCCUCCGCUCCGCCUUCAUCCGCCCCCACCGCAUCGCCCUCAAGCACCCCGCCAUCGGCGUCGAGUGGACCUAUGCCGAGUGCUCCGCGGAGACCGGGGCCGGGGCGACCGGGGCAACUCUUGGGAGACCCCGGAGCGAGUUGCUCGACGGUGUGUCCGACGUCACCAGCCACGGCGCCAAGGCCUCCACUUGA